GUGAGUUCAUAAGAAUGGAAAAGAAUGGAAAAGAAAACCGGAAAAAAAGUACUCCGUGAAAAAAAAGUAAACCAACCAACACAGUAACAUGGAAAUAGGCCUAUUGUCACACGACAUAUGUCUUACGACUUCGAUCUGGGAAAUAUACUUUGAUUGAUUUUCUUUCACUCUUCAUAAAACAGUUGCUUCAAUUCUUGAUAUCCAUCCAUCUAUUUUCCUACUCUGUUGUAAUCGCUCACUCCUCAGUUAGCUGAUUAAAAUGGGUAAUGCUUUAAGAUUCUUGUACGGCCAGUGCUGCAAACCCUCGGCGGAUUCCGAUCCUCUGGGCCACCAUGGAAUAACGCCGGCCACCGUCGGAGUCUCUGCUCUCGCUCAAGAUCUCUACAACUUUGAGAUCACCUCCCAGGUUCCUCAAGGAUUAAGCCAGCACGCAGUAUCAUCCAAGAAGGCUCAAUCAAACUGGUAUGGGAAACUUUCAGUAGCAUGGAGAAAAGGAAGGCCUCCUCAAACUCCAGAGGAAGCUUCAAGGCUUAUAAUCCAGACUCUGAAAGGGCAUAAGAAAGCAGAUGUUGAGGGAUUACUGGUUUUUUACGGCCUCCCGCUUCCCGGUUCUUUAGUUGAGCUGACAGAUGGAGGUCCUCCGCAGCACGCGCACGGGCUCAAGUUUGAACUACUUACAUUGCCAGUGGAUGCAAAAGCAGUGGCAGAUGGGGAUACAAUAACUGUAUAUGUAAGUGUCACAGAUCCCCGAGAGGCCUCUUGCGUUCCGAGAGAUGUUGCAGCUGCCGCCCACGAAAGAGAAACUGCACGCGCACAUAAGAAUUAUGAAAGAGCAGAUGAGCUGCACAAGCACAUUAUUAGCUCGGGAUAUCGGGCAAUAAGAGUGAAUAAUGAGGAGGUUCUGGCUCGGAAAUAUAGGAUUCGGUUAAGAGGUAUUGAUGCCCCAGAAAGCAAGAUGCCGUUUGGACAAGAAUCCAAGGACGAGCUUGUUAGAAUUGUUGAAGGCAAGAACCUAAAAGUGAUGGUCUUUGAUCAGGAUCGCUAUGGCCGGUCAGUAGGAGAUGUAUAUUGCAAUGGCUUGUUUGUACAGGAAAUUAUGCUGAAGAAGGGUCUGGCAUGGCAUUACACGGCGUAUGAUCAACGCCCAGAAUUGGCAAAGUGGGAAAAAGAGGCAAGAGCAAAGCGAAUUGGAUUGUGGGCAUCCAAGAACCCAGUGAUGCCAUGGGAAUGGAGGAAGGAAAAACGGGAAAACAAUCAGAAUUAAGGAUCUAAAAUUGUAAAAAGUUAAUAUAGAUUAAAUGGCUUCAUUACCACAACUCGUUUUUAGGGAAAAUUUCAUUAAAAUUGAUUGGUGGUGGUGAUAUCAAAUUAUCAACUUAGCUUAUAUAACAACAUAAAUGAGUCAUGCAUGAUGAUUUCAUAAAAUUAGCCAUUAAGCACAAACUAUGUUACCUUCAUUGAUGUAUAGCAUUUUCCGUUGGCAAUUUGUAUGCAAGGUAUUUUCAUUAAGGUGGUUUUCUCAAAUAUAUAUAUGAGAGUGGGUUACAACUAGGGGUGGACUCGGGCCGGGCCAACCGGCCCGGAACCGGACUGGCCCGCUACUGUGUGGGCCCGGACCGAUCCGGUGAACCGGUUGGUUGGCCGGUUCGGGCCACCCGGCCCGGUGGGAUGGCGGUCCGGGCUCGGGCCCUUCAAAAGGUGAACCGGCCCGGCCGGUUCGGGGCCGGGCCGGGCCAUUUUUUUUUUGAUUUUUUUUUAAGUUUUUGGGUUGGGCUGGGUAUUUUGGGCCAUUUGAGGUGGUUAGGGUUGGUUUGGGGGUGAGGGGGAGGGUUGGGGGUUAACUAGGAAAAGCCAAAAAAAAAAAUAGAACCGAGGCCCGACCCGGACCCGGUGGUUACCCGGGCCGGUUCCGGGCCUCCCCUUCAUGAAUCAAGGCCCGGCCGGGCCCGAACUGGAACCGGUCCAUCCCUAGUUACAACUUACAAGUGUUUUUGAAUGUUGUAUAAAAUGACUAAAUUGCUUUGUGUUUUACCUUAGAGUUCACCCGAAUAUUGUUAGUCAUAUUCAGAGAGAAUUGAGAGCUAAAAGUAGAGAGAAGAUAUUGAUAUACUCUGUAAGUCUGUAUUAAAUGUAAUUUCGAAUCGUUUACAUAUGCCCCAAGCAGGGCUAGCACAGGGCAGAUGCAUCCAGCCCACUUGUUUUGAAGGUCCAACAAUAAAAUAAUAUGAAGUACUAGUAGUAGUAUGUUUAUGCAAAAAUAAAUAGAAAUUGCUCUGAAUAGGAGCAAAAACGUUUUGAAAUUCCAAAAUAUGAGUAUCAUGUUUUUUAUUUCCUGAAUAGGAGUAAUCUGCCAAAUUUGGAAAAAAAUGUCAUGUUUUAAAGCUUAAGAAUGUCAAACUUGGCAGAAAUUUACUCUUAUUUAAGGAAUAAAAAAUAUGAUAUUCCUAUUAUGAAAUUUCAAAACUUUUGUACUCCUAUUAAGGAAAUUCUCUCAAAAAUAAACUAAUCUAAAAUACGAUAUGAAUCGAAUGGGGAUCGUAUAAGAAUUAAGAAUAAUGAAUUUGAAUAAAAAAAUAAUACGUAUAUUUAUUGAAUAUGAGAGUUUGAAUAUAGUAGCAAGAGUAUGGUUUUUGAUGAGGAAUGAUGUAUGUUACAAAGUGGUCAUUGUAGUCUAUUUAUUCGUGUUUAUCACUUCCGCUCCUUUCUUCAUGGGUCAAGUUUGCUCGCUCAGCCUUGCAUCCACCCGUACUGGGCCUCUUCGUCAUUCCUCCAAGGACUUUGGCCUCUGGGGAUUUUUCACAAAUAAGCCUAAAACUGGAAAUUAUAUCACUUUAGUCAACUUAUAGAAUUGUUUUCAAAAAUAGACUCACCAAAAUUUUCCUUUCACAAAUACACUACUUACUACGGAGUAGUAUAUAAAAAACCCCAUCUACGGGAAUUGAAGCUCUGCUCUUGUCAACACGUUGGUAUUGUAUCUAUCCAUGGUUUUAGAUUCUCAAGUGAAGGGAUCGGAAGUAAAAAAAAAUCAUAGUAAAUGUUAAAAUUAACAGAAAAAUGUUAAAAUUCAAUAAAAUUCAAAAAAAAAAAUGAUAAUAAAUAGAAAGAAAUAAAAGUCAAAAACGACAAAUUAAGUUAAAAAGUAAAAAAAAAAUACUCAUAUUAACGAAAAGAAGUAUAUAAAAAUUUGAUGAUGAAAUACCGUAAAGUAAGUUUAGAAAGUAAAAAAAAAGUAAUUCUAAGUUUCUAACAAUACAACAAUUAAAUUUUUAAAUGUCCAUACACUCCGUACUAUAUAAAAAAAUAUAAACCCUCAAAAAAAUCAAAAAAAUCUAGAAAAUUGAAAACAAUAACACUGAACUUUAAAAUUCUAAAUCAUUAAAAUUCUAUAAAAUAAUAAUUUAAAUAAAUUAUAUAAAAAGUAAUUAGACACACAAAUUUUUUUAAAUUAUUUUUAAAGAUUAAAAAGAUUUAAAAUAAAUUUAGAAAAGUCUUAAAGUGACAAUAUAUACCUAAAGUUUCAAAAAAGAUACAUUAACAAUUACACAAUAAAAAAAUCUAUUUGACAAAAAAUAUAAAAACGCACAAAAAACACUAAAAUUGUGUAAAUUCGCAUAGAAUAAAAUUUAAUUUCUUGAAAAUGAAAAUGCGAAAAAUUAAAAUUAAUAAAAAGUGGCAAAUUUGUAAAAAAUAAAUAAUGUGAAUUUUUUGAUUUGAUAUUUUUAGCUACAAAUAUAAUAAUUAUCACCAAGGCAUAUUAUUUUUUAUUUUUGUUGCAUAUUGUUUCAUUAUGUUUCUUUUUAUUCAUAAAUUUGAUAUUUUUUGUUUUUAUUCAUGUUUUUUGUUGUUAAUUUUCGUCAACCUAAAAAUACUAUUAUAUAUACAUAUAAUUAUAUUGGUUUUUUUAUUCUAAAGUAGUAAAAAAUUGAAAUCCAAAUAAAAAAUAACAACGAGCUAUUAAACUUUUUAUCGGAAUCUUUGCUUUUUCUUUCCUGGAGUUUUGCUCUUAUUAAUAGCCUUUUCUAUUUAAAAAAAUACAAAAUUAUUAAGUACAAUAAUAAGCCCAAUCAAUUUUUGUAUCCAGGCUUUUGCUACUUCGGGUCUUUUCACAGAAAUUAAAAAAUCUUCAAUAUUAGUCUCCGCUCUUCAAUCUGAGUGGUUAAUAAUGCAUGUAAGUAUGAUGAUAGUGGGUUACGCAGCUCUUAUAUGUGGCUCCUUAUUAUCAGUAGCACUUAUGGUCAUUACCUUUAGAAAAAAUGAAAAUAUUUUUAAAAUGAAUUAUAUUUUUUCGGCUAAAUUUUUUUAUAAGAUUCAAUUAAGUAAAGAAUUGGAUUAUUGGAGUUAUCGAGUUAUUAGUUUAGGGUUUAUCUUUUUAACCAUAGGAAUACUUUCGGGGGCUUUGUGGGCGAACCAAGCGUGGGGAUCUUAUUGGAGUUGGGAUCCUAAAGAGACUUGGGCUUUUAUUAAUUGGAUAGUGUUUUCAAUUUAUCUACAUACUCGAAGAAAUAGAACUUUCGAAGGUGUUACUUCGGCAAUUGUGGCAUCUAUAGGUUUUCUUCUUAUUUGGAUAUGCUAUUUUGGAGUCAAUUUAAUUGGAUUAGGUCUACAUACUUAUGCUUCAUUUUCGCGAACAUAAAAAAAGAUUUUAUUCUUUUAAUGUUUAGAAUAAAUAAAAAAAGACAUUAAUUUUUUACUUCGUGAAAAGCUAAAAAUUUGUGAAACCCAUGCUCUCAAAUAAAAAUAUUUCCUAUUUGAGAGCACGGGUGUUCAAUAAAAAUAGAAUGAAUUCAAAUAUACUUUUCUGGACCAUUGGAUUUCGUCGAUUGAAUUCAAAAAUAUUUCCUAUUUGGUGCACUAUUCCGCGGUGGGGAUUGUAAUUUCUCAUAAAUUUUCCAUUUAUCACUUAACAAAGGAACUUCACGUAUUUCUUUUUUUAAGGCUUGACGAAUCAAAUAAUAUUUUCGUUCCAAUUUUUUCCUUUUUUGAUCUCGCUGAAUCAAACUUUUUCGUGCCAUAAAUAUUAAGUUCCUAUUAGUAUCGUAUACAUAAUAUAAGUGUAAUCCUAGAUGUAGAAAUAAAAACCCCUUACAUAAAAAAUGAUAUUUUCAAGGAUACAAACACAGGCAAUUUAACCAAAUUUACCCGAUGUAGAGGUAAUUAAGAACGCAGCAUAAGUCAAUAUAUAACCUACAGAAAAGUGGGCUAAUCCGACUAAUCUUGCUUGCACAAUAGAAAGAGCCACCGGUUUAUCUCUCCAUCUAAUCAAAUUUGCCAAAGGUGUACGUUCGUGAGCCCAUGCUAAAGUUUCAAUUAAUUCCUGCCAAUAGCCUCGCCAAGAAAUUAAGAACAUAAAUCCAGUAGCCCAAAUAAGAUGUCCAAAUAAGAAACAAAGAACAAUAGGAUGAAACAAAAAGAAACAAAAUAAAGAGCAACAUAAUGAAACAAAAAGAAACAAAAUAAAGAGCAACAUGAUGAAACAAAAAGAAACAAAAUAAAGAGCAACAGGAUGAAACAAAAAGAAACAAAAUACAGAGCAACAAGACGAAACAAAAAGAAACAAAAUAAAGAGAAACACGAUGAAACCAAAAGCAACACAAUAUUACAAAAAACAACCUGAUUUAACAAAAAACAACACCAUACAAUAAAGCCAAAACAAUAUAAUUACAACAUUUACAUAUGUUUAAUGAAUACAUCCUUCAACUUACUUUUCAGUUUUCACAUUCACGAUACAAUAUUAGCUACUAGCCUACUAUGUAUAUUAAAGUGCAAAAAACUCAUGAUGUCCAUCAAUAAUAAUAUUUUCCCUCCAUCCCAUUGUCAUUAAAUCUAGAAACAGUAUCUCUAGGGUUGUUAGCGGCAUCAAACAAAAACUUCUGAUAUUUAUUGAAAGUAAAGCAAAUUACAGGUGUUGCAUGAUGCACAUCGAAUCAAAGUAAAUGAAUAAUUCAAGAAAGCUACUUCAAGGAAAUGAAAAAGAUCAUCAUUUUAAUAGGAAAAUUCAUAGUAACCCAAGACCUGUUUGGUGACGGUUGUUUGACUUAAAUGGCUAACUAUAUGUCGAUUUUUUUGAAGGAAAGGGAAAGUUUUCUAUUCCAUUACAGAAACCAUUUUUAUCCUUGUAUUAACAUAGUUACAUUGAUUAAGAUGUGCCAAAAUAUAAAUUCAUUUCUUUUAGUAGUUAUGCACUAUUCAUCAAUACCAAAAAAGUGUAAUUAAAAUAAGCACCUCACCAGGGAGACUUUAAUUGAGAAUAUAUUAAAACACAAAAUGGUUACAAACAUUCUCAAUCCGAAAGGGUCCUUCAAAAUUCUAAAAAACUACUCACAUUAAUUUUUCACUCUCAUUCCCCCACUUGUGACCAAUCAUCCAGAUUCCAGAGUGUCAUUUUGAGACGAUGAAAGAUGAAAACACAAAGAAUUGCAUUUUGUUAAGCUUUCUCUUUAGGCGCACAAAGUUAGAAGAAUAGAGUAGCAAUAGAAGAAUUAUUACCUGAAAAAGCUGGAUUGCUCCAUAAUAUUAUAUCCUUUUAAUAAAAUUCUCUUCGUGCACACAGAAUUGCAUUUUGUUAAGCUUUCUCUUUAGGCGCACAAAGUUAGAAGAAUAGAGUAGCAAUAGAAGAAUUAUUACCUGAAAAAGCUUGAUUGCUCCAUAAUAUCAUGUUUUACCGGUGUUGCAUGAUGCACAUCGAAUCAAAGUAAAUGAAUAAUUCAAGAAAGCUACUUCAAGGAAAUGAAAAAGAUCAUCAUUUUAAUAGGAAAAUUCAUAGUAACCCAAGACCUAUUUGGUGACGGUUGUUUGACUUAAAUGGCUAACUAUAUGUCGAUUUUUUUGAAGGAAAGGGAAAGUUUUCUAUUCCAUUACAGAAACCAUUUUUAUCCUUGUAUUAACAUAGUUACAUUGAUUAAAAUGUGCCAAAAUAUAAAUUCAUUUCUUUUAGUAGUUAUGCACUAUUCAUCAAUACCAAAAAAGUGUAAUUAAAAUAAGCACCUCACCAGGGAGACUUUAAUUGAGAAUAUAUUAAAACACAAAAUGGUUACAAACAUUCUCAAUCCGAAAGGGUCCUUCAAAAUUCUAAAAAACUACUCACAUUAAUUUUUCACUCUCAUUCCCCCACUUGUGACCCAUCAUCCAGAUUCCAGAGUGUCAUUUUGAGAUGAUGAAAGAUGAAAACACAAAGAAAAACAUAAGAAAAUGCAGGCGGCAAAGGGAGAUGAUAUCAUUACUCACCCAAUGAGCUCUCUUCGCGCACAUAGAAUUGCAUUUUGUUAAGCUUUCUCUUUAGGCGCACAAAGUUAGAAGAAUAGAGUGUUGGAAAAAUGUGUUAAAAUUGCAUUAAAUGGUCUUUUUGGGGCAAUUAUUUGAGUGGAGUCCAUUUCCGAUUUGGGUCGGGUCAAAGUGGUUUCGGAUUGUCCUUGUUAAGGGCUACAAUUCGAUAUAUGGUACACUCAAAACGGAUAACGGGUGAAUGAAAAAUUGAUUCUCGAAGUUCACUCGUUGAAAUGGAAAAACUGGGAAAAUGGUGAGUUUCUAGUGUGUUUUAUCCCACACCGAAAAACUCAAGGGAUUUUCACCCCCUUAUAAAGGGAAGCCUCUUUUAAGGAGUUAAGAUUCCUAAAGGGAAAGGCUCUCUCUUACGCGCAGGGGGGGGGGGGGGGGUGCCGAUCAAAUCCUGAAACGGAGAAGAAAAAUCCUGAUACGGUCUAAGUUUUGUUUCUUCCCGUAACGUUUUAUUUUUUUCCCAGGAUCAGAGUUGCUCGAACUCUGGUGGCUUCGGAUCAGAGUUGCUCGAACUCUGGUGGCUUCGGACCACAAGCUCGAACUCUGGUGGCUUCGCAUCAGAGUUGCUCCAACUCUGGUGGAGGUCUUCUGGUAGCAUCAGAACUGCUCCAACUCUGGUGGGGGUAUUCUGAUCGCGCACCAGAACUGCUCCAAGCCGUUACAACUAUUAAAUGCCCAACGUUCUUGUCUUUUAAUGCAACGUUAAAUGGACAGUUUAUGGAUGAUUCAAUGCCCAACGGACUGGUCAUUGAAGUCCAACGUUCAGGUCCAUUAACACCCCAUUUAACACACAACAAAUCCUCCUAUAAAUAGCUGGCAAGUGGUUUGCAACAAGAACAACGCACAAUACAUUCCUCACGAAUUUCUUGAGCUAAAAACACCUAAAGCUACUCAGCAAACUUCCUUCUGUGUUCAUACUUGGUUCUCGUUCGCUGGAACUCUUGUUUGUGUGCUCAAACAUUAGUUCGUAGUCAUCGUAUCCUGGGAAACGAUUGUUGCAACGCUCCUAGCACCGUGGGAGGCAUCAAAUACGUUUUAAGGAAAUCGUGCGUAGCACGAGCUUUGACUAAUUCUGCUUCAUCUCCUUUCCUGUUUUUCUUUAGUCAUUUUAUUUAAUUAAUUUAUUUUAAUUAAUUUUCUUUAUUUUCCGAAACACACCCAACAUAGAGUACCAAUAGAAGAAUUAUUACCUGAAAAAGCUUGAUUGCUCCAUAAUAUUAUAUCCAUUUAAUAAAAAAGAGCAGCUGCAGGGGAUCAAAUACCACAAUACUUCACCUUCCACUUCCCUGGCAAGAGAAAAAUCUUACUAGUAAUUGAUGAUGAAUAUUUAUUUUUUUAUUAAACUAAGAAACAAAAAAUGAAUUUAAUCACUUAUCUGAAACAAAAAGUAGAAGAAUGAAGAGGACUCAUGGCAAUCCAUCAUCUCCAAAGGAGAACAAGUUACAACAAUCUAUCAUCUAAAAAAGAAGAUUGAUUUUCCGUGAAGAGAAGUCAUAUACGUGAUACGCCUAAUUCAAAAGCGGCACAGAUUCAAACGCAGAUUCAAAAUCUUAUAUGAUAAAAGUUAAACGCACCUAUCAUAAUCGAUAAAAUCGGUGAACUCGACUGAAUCAUGAUAUCAGCUAAAUCACGAGAAUGAAAAAAAAAGCGUUCAGAUCACGGAAUCAAUUAGCUUGAAUCUCUGAGCUUCGACUUUUGGAUGCAUGUGCUCUAUGCAGAUUUGCCAUCGAAAUCAUGAGUGAAGAUGAAGCAUAAGUGUUCCGCAUCGCACAUAUUGACAUUUCUGUUGUACUUCGUAUUUAGCUAGAUGAGAACUGAGAAAGGAGGCGAGAGCGGAAGCAGGUUUCGGUGAAUGAAUAGACUAUUUUUGAAAUAAAAGAAAGUAAAUUGAAAAGAUGAAAGUUCAUAGAUGAAAAAAUUAUAAUACGAUGACAUAAAUGAUACGUAGCUUGUAAAAAUGACUCAUCCGGGUAAUUACCACCAGAAUUAAUGUGAUAAUUCUUGGGCCCAACAUAGUAUUAGUUAGCCCAUGUGCAAAAAAGAUUGAGAAGACUAGAGGCUGGCCAUAUACAAAAGGUAUUCGACCAUCCGAUUCUAAUUCACUAGUCCAAAUAAAUUCAAUACAGAGUACAGUGUAUACGGGGGUGUUUGCAAAUGCUUUUGUUUUAAAAAAUCACUUUUUGAAGUGAUUUGGGAAAUUUGAUUAGUACUCCGUAUUUAGUAGUAAAAGUUGAUAGUUUUGAGAAAAAAGUGAUUUUGAAAAUUAAAAGUUGAUAGUGUUUGAUAAAAUAAGUGCUUUUUGUGUAAUAGAAAAAGUAAAAAACAUUUUUCACACAAAAACUUAGAAACGCUUUUUUAGUAGGAGUUUUCACUUGAAAACACUAAUUUUAAUUUUUUUAAUCCAAAAGAUGAGAAACGCUUUUUUAAACUAUACCCGUAACAGUCCUGGAAAAUCAAUUAAUUAAGUAAGUACUCCGACCAAUUAUAUGAGUGCCAAGUUACGAGUGGCUUACUUUAGUUAUUUAUCAUGCAUGAACAAUUUUUUAUAAUAGAAUUGAAGUUGUUAAUUUGCAGUUUUAAAAGUUGACACAUACUCCCUCCGGUUAUGAAAGAUCUUUACACUUUUCAUUUUUAGCAUUACCAGAAAGAUCUUUACACUUCCUUAUUUUCCUUAUUUGGCAAAUAAAUCUAUACAAAACAGUGUCAAACAGUGCCAAACAGUGUUUAACAGUGCCAAACAAUGUUUAUUUCCUUAAAAACUGUGAAGUCAAAGUGUCAAGAUCUUUUGGAACCGGAGGAAGUAAUAAAUUGGAACCAACAUACGUUUUCAAUUACUUUCCGAUCUGAACCACCGUCUCUAGGUUCUUUUCAGGCGAUGACCUCCCUGGAUACGGUGUUCGGUUUUUUCUUAGCAUGAGCAUAAUCAGACAAUCAGUUGGAAUUGUAGAAGUUUAGGAAACUUGGCGACCGUGCAAGGCGUGGCAGAUAUUGUGCAAGGACAUCAUCCGUCGAUUAUUUUCCUAUUGGGAAAACGAUAUUCCUAAUUUUGCAUUUUCCGAUCGUUUUAGUCCCACUAUAAUCCAGGUCAAAUUUGAACUAGUCCCGCUGUUUUUUUUUUUUGUUUACGCUGAUUCAUUACCCUGGGGGUAAUACUCGUAGGUCUCUCUUAACAAUUAUUGCUCUAAACUUAUUACUCCGUAUUACAAAUAUCGACAACAUAGUCUUAAUCAUUCUGUUUUGUCAAAUGUUUGGUCCUGCACACUAACACAAAAAUUAUUACUGGAACUGUUCAUUAAUUAUAUGCACACAUAAGUCCAACAAAACUGUUUUGAAUAGUUUAAUAUUUAUCCGUAGCACUAACUAAUUAAAUGUAUAAAAGAUAUCUAACAUUUUAUAUCAUUCUAUAAAUGAAUGUCACAUAAAAUCAUAAAAAAAUAUUAAAAAAAAAGUUAAGCCCGGAAUAGUAUUGUUGUAAUUGGAUUCAAAUCUUUUAUGUUUCCACUGUCGCUAACGUCAGAUGCUUUUUAUACCUAAAGUGCCAUCAAACAUUCAAACUGUUUCAGAGAGCAAUAUGAUCUUAUCGGUUCAUUUACUGUACUUGUACUAUUGUACUUGUACGCCAAUUAUAUGCAUUUGGUGUAUAAUUGGUGACAUGGUGUUGCUAUAGUCAUUUUGUGAUAUGAUCAUGGGUACGGUCUAACUCAACUGGUAGAUAGGAGAUGUCACAGUGGGUAAGUUUCGGGUUCGAAUACCGGCAACUGCGAUGAGAUGUUAUUAUUAAAAAUGGAUAAGACCUUUGCAAUUACCGGUGUCAGAGUCUCACUCUCUAUCUGUCAACUUGUGAUUAAAAUCCAAUUUACAUUCUCUCAUUUAACUUCUGGUCGGUGUUGGGGGCCCUCAAGGAGGCCUGAUCCUUUUUUUGUGAUAUGAUCACGUGAUUAAAUGAUUCCAUGGAUCUGCAUAUAUAAUCCACUCAUCUAGACUUCGAAAAUGUUAAUUACCUAGCUCUUCUAUGCGUUCAUUGGACUUUACAAACUUUUCUUCUUUGUUUAUCACAAAAAAAUGUCAUUUUUCGUUAGUAAUUAAUUGAGACUGUUCAUUUAUUUCUGAUUUACACAAAUUUCAAUCAUACAAUUUUUAUUAUUCUGAUUUCACAAUCAACACCAACUUGGCAAAGUGUUUUAUAUACAUGCAUACAUACAAUAUACACAAGUGUUUUUGUUAGGAAUCUCCUAACAAGAGCGCCAUCCUAACACUUCAUUUUGAGAUGCUUCAGGGGUGAUAUUUUUGAUGAAGUUUUAUGAGAAAUCUUACCAUUGAAUUUAGGGCUUUUUCCUCGAAUAUUAUCAAAUUGAACCCAGUUUCCAAAAAUGUGAUUAUUUUUACAAAAGGACAAAAAUGUGACCAAGAAGGUCACAUAUUUGGAAAACGUGAUGUCCCUGUCGUUUUUUAUGUCAGUAUCCUUUUUUAUGUCACUGCCAGAUUUUUACGUCACUGUUACAUUUCACUGUUGGAUUUUUAUGUCACUUUUGAAUGUCACUUUUGUCGUGAAACAUGUCACUAUGAUCAUCGGAAAAUUUUCUAACAACCUUUUCCGGUGAAGAUGUAAACCACCAGUAGCGUCACCACCGUUAAUGACUCGUUGCCGCGCUAUAGUUACCAACCGCCAGGUCAGUAAAACCUCACCCUUCCACCUCUCGCCCUUGCACCUCUCUGGCAGUUACCACCGUCCACAGCCACCGGAAAUCACCGGCCACAGCCGCCAGCAACCACUGACCCCAAACCCCAAACCCCAAACCCAUUAACCACCAACCCACGCCCCAACAAUAGCCCCCUCCCCUGCCCUGCCCUGCCCGGCUGCCCCAACCCCCUCUCCAGCUCACCUCCCGAGCCCUGUCCCCCUCUCUAGCCCGCCUCCCCAAACUACCAGCCCCAAUCCCGAAACAACAACCCUAGCCAUGGUCGUUUCUCACCAGCAACUCGAUCAAAAACAACGGAUGUGGUGGCGACACCAUGGAGCCCAAAUGCCGUUGCCCUCAGAUCAAACACAAACUGAAAAAGAAGAAUAAAAGUGGGCGCAGCAACCUCGAGAGGACAAGGACGACGGCGAAUUUCAGGGAGAGGGCGGUGACGAUGACCUACGCCAACUCUGUUACCGGCUCGAGGUCAAGGGGGACAAUAAUGGGAGAAACGUUAGUGACGGAGAAGGUGAGGGCAAUAUAGGCGGCGGCGAUUAGCGUCUUCUUCGGAGAUUGUGAAGGAGGGAGAAGGGAAGCUGCGGUGCCGUCUUCACAGAAGAAGGCUUGGUCUGGUACUCUGGGAAUGACGGAAGGUUUGGAAGUCGUAGAUUAGGCUAAGGGUUUGAAAGUCGAUUGAUACAUCAUUUCUGUCACUUUUCCGUAAAUCAAUUUAUGGUCAUAUUUUUGUCUUCAAUAACCCAAGAUGUAAUAUAUAUGUCAUUGUUUCAUGAAUUUAUCCCAAAAUUUAAAAGGACA